AUGUCGGCUAUUGGUAUGUCUAGUGACUUGUUAAAGUUUUUUCAAGCAAGGCCACCAUUACCACAUAUUCCAUAUCCAAAAAGAAGGCCACAUAGACCAUACCAAGGCCUCGCAGACUUAUUAAAUGAGAAUCCAGAUUUGUUCGACAAGGUGAAUCCACCGCCUCCUGAACCAUAUAUAGAUACAAAGAUGCGUAAAGAGAAGCAGAAAUUACAAAGGAUUCAGGAAUAUAAGCAUAAGAUGCAUGCUAAGGUUGAGGCAUUUAAUCCAAAAGAAGAAAAUUUAGAUAGUAAGACAGGAGAUCCCUACAAUACAUUGUUUAUAGCAAGAUUGAAUUAUGAUACUACAGAAAGAACUUUAAAGAGAGAGCUGGAAGUGUAUGGUAAUUUAGUAAAUUUACAUAUAGUUAAAGAUUUCCAAGGUGAAUCUAGAGGAUAUGCAUUCGCGGAAUUCGAGAAUGAGGAAUCUCUAAAAGAAGCAUAUAAAUCAUUUAACAGAAAGAUUGUAGAUGGGUGGAAGAUAUUAGUUGAUGUUGAAAGAGGUAGAACAGUUGAGAAUUGGCUACCAAAAAGGCUUGGCGGUGGAUUAGGAAUAGUAAGAGGGCAAGAAAAACCUGUACAAAAAAGAUACUCUGGUACUAACAAUGAUACUUAUUACAAUAGUUCAAAACAAAUCAGAAGUAAUUAUGUAAAUUCUGGAUGUGGGCAGCCAUAUAGACAUAGAGAACAAACAAGUUAUAGAGGCUACGGUUAUAAGGGACAAAAUGAUAGAUAUAGCCAUGGAGGUAAUUAUAAUUCAUCCAGGAAUUACGGAAACUUUGGUAACAAGAAGUUUAGAUACUCAAGACAAGGAAGUUCUAUUCCCUACUAG